ACCGGCAUGGCGCUCCGGGCAGCCUGCCUCCUCCUCCUCCUCCUCUGCCUCCUCUCCCUCGCCCAGCUCUCCGAGCAGCAGAACGGCAAAGCCCGGCAGAAACCGGCGGCUUCCAAGAAAGGUUUGUGAGUCUCCUUUUGAUCUUGCCUCUGCCCACACUUAAUCCUGCUGCUCCUGGUCCUGCACAGACACCCACUCCAGCUCCCACAGGAUCAUCAGUGUGCCAGCUUCCAUCACAGAAAACCCAGACUGUAAACAGGCUUGAUCCCAGGCUUCAAGAGAUGGUGUGAGCCUCAAAAUGAUUGAAGACCUGAAGGCCAUGAUUGACAACAUCUCUCAGGAGGUUGCUCUACUGAAGGAAAAGCAAGCACUCCAGACAGUCUGCCUGAAAGGCACCAAAAUUAAUCUGAAAUGCUUUCUGGCGUUUUCGGAGACCAAGACGUACCACGAGGCCAGCGAGAGCUGCAUCUCCCAGGGCGGCACGCUGAGCGCGCCCCAGAGCGGCGAGGAGAACGACGCCCUCUAUGAGUACAUGCGCAGGAGCAUCGGCCCCGAGGCCGAGCUCUGGCUGGGCCUCAACGACAUGGCCACGGAGGGCAGGUGGGUCGACAUGACGGGCAGCCCCAUCCGCUACAAGAACUGGGAGACUGAAAUCACCACCCAGCCCGACGGCGGCAAGCUGGAAAACUGCGCGGCUUUGUCGGGGACCGCCAACGGCAAGUGGUUCGACAAGAGGUGCCGAGAGCAGCUGCCCUACGUCUGCCAGUUCAUGAUCGUGUAGCAGCAGGGCCUCUCCCCUGCCCAGCAGCCCAGAGCCCGCCCUGGGCGGCGGGAUGAUGGAGCUGUAGCUGUGUGUUCGCCUCUGUGUCCCUCCGCACACCCCCAUGCGCGUGUUCAGUAGAGUCACCCUUUGCAAAGAGCGUCGCUGCGGCUCGCUGCCGGGUCACAGAGCCCCAGAGCGUUUCCUUUGGCCUCAUCCAGCCCUGUUCACAGCUGCACUGCUCUUCCCAAGGCAUGAUUUAUAGAUAUAUAUAUUUUUACACAGGGAAUUGAUUAGGACAGCUCAGUUGUUCCAGCAAAGAACCAGUGCAGCAGUCCAGCCUGGCAUACAGCUGCCUCGGCUACCCAGGGCUGUCACUCUGGAGUGUCCUUUCCCACUUUGCUGAGCUUUCUUGGGACACCAGAAUAGGCAGUUUCUGCUUUCUUCACUUGUUUUGCUUCCCCAUAAGCCCUGGCUGCAAUUUAUGAGAGUUCCAUGUUCCUCACAGUGUUCCAGUUCAGCCUUGUGAGGAUCAAGGUCCUGUCUCAGCAAGCAGAGGGAGCUACUCCUGCUUUGCCUUGAGAGAUGCAGUUGGGCUUAUUUGGUAGGUUACCAGCUGCUCAACUAGUCAAAUUACAUGUAUGAAUGAAUUGUCAAGUUACAGGCAUGUUUGAUCCUCUUCUCACCAGCCAGAAGCCAGUUCCACUGAGUUCAGUGGGAGAGUAAGACCCACUGCCGGGUCCUUUGGAAAAAAAAAUCCCAUCAAAAGCUUUAUUUGUGCAGCAGUAUUGAGGGGAAAGCAGCAAAGAUUGGAGAAUAGUUAGCCAACAAUAUUACUAUAAAUAGAAGAUGUGUGUAUUACAUAAAUAAUACAAAUGUAGCACUCUUGGGGAGUAUGUUGCUAUAUAAAAAUAACUAUAUAUUGAAAACAAGCUCCAGGACAACUCACUCCAGCAGCUUCAGGAAUGACCUGACCUGUUCGUAUGACGGGAAUCCAGAUGAACUAGUCCAGUCUUUGCUGGUUCUUGGCAAACAUAAAUCUCCUGAGCACUAUUUGUGCCAAUAUAGUCAUGCCCAGCUGAAGGUCUGACCUCAGUGAUUUUUUACUGAGAAAAGGUUUAAGGUAAAAAAAACCAAAACAAAAAAAGCAAAAACAAACCCAAAGCAAAACAAAGCAGAAAAACUCCCCAGCAAUGGUGGGAAAGAAGUGCAGGUCACCCUGGCAGCUUAACAGAGCUUUGCUGGCUGUUGGCUAAAAGGUAUGAGUGAUUCUUUUCAGUCCAGUGCUUGGCAAUAACCCCUCCAGUUUGGGUCACAGGCCCUGCACUUCCAGGUUGGAGGUGUCAAGACAGGAUCCUGCCCAUGGGACAGGUAUUCCAGUUUGCUGCUUUGUUUAAAAGCAGCAUGAUGGUAGGUCUUCCAAGCCAUCAAGUCUGAGCCAAGCUGGAAUCACACACACACAAAUGCAGAGUGCACGCUUCUGAGCUUGUCACUAUUGCCAAACUCUCCGCUGUUCCAAUGACUAUAAAAUAAAAAUAUCUCUAUAGCUUGCUGAA